AAGGAGGAGGGAGGAGGGAGGGGGGAGGAGGGGUGAGCUGUGUUCUCCCCAGUCUUGUUCAGCCAUGUUAGAUUUUUCUGCUUUCCACUAACGAUGAGCGAGGAGCCAUGGCCUUGUCAUUGAGCGGAGACGAUGAGGAAUAUGAUUCAGAGUCCGAACAGCAGCGUGCAGCCAAUCGUCCGAAGCCCAAGAUGGCGACACCGUCGGCUGUUAAGCUGCCGUCCAGUCGCAGCUCGUCAGGAGCCAGACGAAGGAGAACGCGUUGCCGAAAGUGCGAGGCGUGCAUGCGGACCGAAUGCGGGGAGUGUCACUUCUGCAAGGACAUGAAGAAGUUUGGGGGUCCUGGCCGCAUGAAACAGUCCUGCAUUAUGAGACAGUGCAUAGCGCCUGUUCUGCCUCACACAGCGGUGUGUGUAGUGUGUAAGGAGGCUGGGAAGGAGGAUACACUGGAGGAAGAGGAGGACAAGUUCAACUUCAUGCUCAUGGAAUGUUCCAUAUGCAAUGAAAUUGUCCAUCCCAACUGCCUCAAGGUGAGCGAUGCAUCUGGCGUAGUCAACGACGAGCUCCCAAACUGCUGGGAGUGUCCGAAGUGCAAUCAUGCUGGAAAGAGCGGAAAAGUAUUAAAGCAAAAAAGGGGUCCAGGGUUCAAGUAUGCCUCCAACCUCCCUGGCUCUCUGCUGAGGGAACAGAAGCCUGUGAAGGAGGAUGGGGACAUGGUUGCUUCAUUCAAAAGGAGACCUGACAGAGAAGAGACGCCCAGGCAGCGGCCUGAGGAUGCUCUUCUUCGGCAGCCACCCCUGCUAUCCCCGAGCAGCCUGCCCCGACCCCGGCUAGAGGACAAGCUGAGGAAGAAGAGGAAGCUUUUUGAGGAUGAAGAGGAAGAAGAGUUCCGAGCAAGAAAGAAGGAAAGGUCAGACGACCCAUGUUUUUCUAAACUCUUGCACCAGAUUAAAACUGAAGAGGACGAUGUCUAUGAGGAUGAUGAGGAAGAUGGAAGAGAACUUAAUUUCCGGGGUUUUGUGGAAAGAAAUGGGCGCAUGGGUGGCGCUGAGGACUUGGUAGAUGACAGAGACUACAAGAACGAGCUUUUAAAUUCUUCUCUCAAAACGCCUGUUAUGGACAGCGACCAGUCGCACUGCAGUUCUCCACAAGCCGGUCCGAGCAGUGAGGGCGGAAGCGAGACGCAGGAGAAAGGUCCUCGGCCCAAAGCUCGCCGUAAACGCCGUUUACCCAACCGGGAGCUAAGUAGAGAGCUGAGCAAAGCACUGAACCAGGAAAUUCUGAAGACCGAGGACUGCUUGGCCAAUGAAAACCGCCAGCCACUCAAGGUGGAGCCGGAGUCUGAAAACGAAGAACCCAAGAGGUUGUUCCGUAACAGCACUGACCUGGGAGAGCAGAGGCCUCAUCUCAAGACCAAAGAGAUGAACGGGACUCCCUGGGAAUUGCGCCACUUCUACCCGAGUCAGAUCACUCCAUUGGGCUUUAACAGGAGCACGCCGACAACACGACCUGUGCCUCCACGCUCACCACCCAAGUGUGUCCAAAUGGAGCGGCAUGUUAUUCGGCCUCCGCCAAUAAGUCCACCACCUGACAGACUGCCGCUAAAAGAUGGGAAAAUGCACGUUCUUCAGCGCGAGGUCUGGAUGAAAAUAUUCAACCAUCUCACACAUCAGGAGCUCUGCUCCUGCAUGAGAGUGUGCAAGACCUGGAACAGAUGGUGCUGCGAUAAAAGACUCUGGACAAAAAUUGAUCUCAACCGCUGUACCUCCAUCACGCCGCUCAUGCUCAGUGGGAUCAUCCGUCGACAGCCGCUGUCAUUGGACCUCAGCUGGACCAACAUUUCCAAGAAACAAUUAAGCUGGCUUAUCAACAGGUUGCCAGGACUGCGAGUGUUAACGUUAUCGGGGUGUUCGUGGGCUGCCGUGUCGGCGCUCUGCACCUCCAGCUGCCCGCUACUACGAACACUGGAUAUCCAGUGGGUGGAAGGACUCAAGGAUGCCCAGAUGAGGGACCUCCUAUCACCUCCCACAGAUAACAGGCCAGGUCAGAUGGAUAACCGCUACAAGUUGAGGAAUGUGGAGGAUUUGCGUCUGGCAGGCUUGGACAUCACCGACACGUCUCUACGUCUCAUCAGCCGCCAGAUGCCUUUGCUGUCACGGCUCGACCUGAGCUACUGUAACCACGUCAACGACCAGUCCGUCAACCUGCUGACGGCGGCCGGGACCACCACUCGAGACUCGCUCACAGAAAUCAACCUGUCAGUCUGUAACCGGGUCACAGAUCAUUCCCUGACCUUUUUCAAGCGUUGCGGGAGCAUCUGCCAGAUCGACCUUCGCUUCUGCAAGCAGGUGACCAAGACGGCGUGCGAGAGGUUCAUCGCCGAGAUGUCCGUCAGCGUCCCGUUCAGACUGAAGGAGGACAAACUGCUGGAAAAAGCGAGCUAGUCCACAAUGACCAAAUGGAUUGGAAGACAAUUUGCACUUACUGGGGACAUUUGUUUUUUUGUUUUGUUUUGCAUACCGGAGACGGACUGCGAUGGAUCUGGAAAUGGACUUCACGAGCAUGCGUCGGUGUGGACUUUUUAUUUCUCUAAAAACGUGCUUGGUUGUUUUCAUUAUGUUCCUUCAAUAUUUGAAAGCAGUAUUUUUAUACAAACAUGUUUACUGUGUGUGCCAACCUCCAGCUUACAAAAAUCUUGUUUUGACACGAGGACACUUAAGGUCUUUCUAACAAAAAGAACAUGUACAGUACAUAUAAUACAUGGAAUUAAGUUAUGAUAAAGUUCCUGGACAUGCAGGAUUUAUUUCACUAAUGGGAGUCGACAAACUCCUUCAACUUGUCAUCAGUUUCUGUGUUGUGGUUGAUGGGAUUUCCCUGACAUUUUACACAUGUAUUUAUUUUUCCUACAGUUUGUAUUUAUUCAAGCGUUGAGUAACCCGUCUUUUGAAAUAGCAGGAUCAAAUAUUUUAUCCAAAAAGAAGCAAAAGUAGUUGAAAGCUGACAAAAACAAAUUAAGCACUGAUUUUUACAUGCCUUUUAUCUGUUUAAAAAUAAGCAACAAUGUGUAAAUAUUUCACUUUUAAAUUACUCCAUGCGGUCGGUGUUGUGUUUUUGGGAUUGUCUUGUGUUGUGAUUAACCUGCGAUCACCUCAGGAGAAUCAUGGUUAUAUUUGUAAAUUCCGAAAAAGAAAACUCAGUGCUGAUAUGCAUUAAAAUACUUGCAUUUGUACCAUCA